UUUGUAACAACAUGGCAGUGAAGUUUGGCAGAUGCCACGUCGAAAUAUUUAUGCAUCUUUCCCAUCGUUGCGUGUAAUUUUGUCUAGAUCAGCUUGAUGUAACGAGAACACGCUCAUGUUGAAGUAAGUUUGUGCCAUCAAUGUAAGAAGAACCACCACCAUCAGUCCAAGAACCCUGGCAAAAUGUUGUCCAAAACAUCGAAGACAAUUGCAUUGUGCUCUCUAGCCAACUUUAUCAAUUCAGCUGACAGGGUGAUCAUGCCCAUUGCUAUUGUGCCGAUGACGGACAAGUUCAAGUGGGAUUUGCAUGGACAAGGAUGGGUUCUUAGUUCAUUUGCUGUCGGUUACAUGAGCAGCCAGGUGGUGGGAGGUAGUGCAGCCAAGAAGUAUGGCGGCAAGACCAUCCUGGUUGUCUCGGUACUACUGUGGUCAAUGUCAACGUUCAUGGUUCCGUUUUUUGCUCACUCCAUAUAUGCCCUCAUUUUGUCCCGAGUAAUAUUGGGUUUAGGAGAAGGAUUAGGUUUACCAACUAUUUUCCACAUCUUUGCUCAUGCAAUACCUUGUGAGGAGAGGUCAAGGGCAUUUGGUUAUCUUGUAGCAUGCGGAUCCAUAGGCGGGACCAUUGCAGCAGUGGUGUGUCCUCAUCUCACCUGGCCCUGGAUGUUUUACUUAUUUGGGUUUUUAGGAUUCAUCUGGGCCUUUAUCUGGCUGUUACUUUAUAAAGAAGCCAGAGGCUCAUCAGACGAGGAGUUUGUGGAGCCGCCUAAGGUCAACAACACUAAUGUGCGCUGGAUGGAGUUUAUCUGUCACUGGCCCAUGUGGUCCAUCUACAUCGCUCACUUCAGCAUGAACUGGUCCAACUACAUCAUCAUGCAGUGGUUGCCUACAUACAUGACCCGCAACCUGGGAGCCAACCAGAGCCACAUCAUGUUCACGGCAGUGCCUUACAUCAUGAACUCUUUAGUAGGAGUAGCGGCUGGGCAUUUUGCCGAUGCUCUCAUCGCCCACAAGUGGACAGUGUUGUCCGUGCGGCGCCUCAUGACCAGUAUUGGGUUACUCGGACCCGGCUUAUUUAUCCUGUUUUUCAGUGCUGUAAAUAACCUACCUUUAGCUGUGUUUUUUGUCUCCAUAUCUUUAGGCCUGAGUGCAUGCAAUUCUUCGGGGCAUCUCAGUAACCAUGCUGAAGUGGCUCCCAAUCACGCAGGCAUCACAUUCGCUAUAUCCAACACCCUUGCCACAAUUCCUGGGAUCACCUGCGGUCCACUCACCGCCGAGCUGGUGACUCAGUCUCACGGGCGGUGGUUCCCGGUCUUCAUCAUAGCCGCAGGAGUGAACUUUGUAGGGGCUAUUAUUUAUCUAAGUCAGAGUGCUGCAAGUCAGGUGCUAUGAGAGGGAGAGAGAACUGAGAGAGACAGAUGAGAGAACUGCGAGAAAGACACAGAAUGAAUGUGAGGAGAAGCAAUUGUGUGUGUAUGCAAGAAUAAGGUUGGAGUGUGAUAAUGUGAUACUCGGGUUAAAUCACUGAUUUCAGUAAACACACUAAACACACAGGUUACCGGUACUAAUAUGAGUAAGAGAAUAUCACAAAUAUUUAGAAACUUUGUGUGUUUUCAGGCUAUGAAAUACUAAGGGAUAAUGGUUUUAGGAAAGGGUUCUGUUUUAACAAGGCCAUGACAGAGCUAUAUCUGCCAUUAUUACAUCUAACGUUUCACAAUAAUUAUAAAAUUGAGAUCACUGUGUAUACCAGUGUUUAGGAAUGUACACUGGUUCUAUUUACCUGUUCAUCAUGUAGUGCCAUAUAUCAUGUGCCUGCUUUACAUGAUUUAUGCUUGUAAAUGGACAGUUUGCAAAAAGGAUUAAUUAUGACAAGACAGCUGAAUACUGGGUUUGCCUUAUGUUCAACUGUGUGAUUAUCUUUCAAUGAAAUCUACAAAAGUACUGGAAGUUAAGAUUGUCUUUAGGGAAUUAUUGUAACACCAUUACAUUUGAUAGGGCUUUCAGUAUAUUUACAAUGAAAUGGUAUAUUUACAAUGAAGUGGGAUUUGGACUACACGCUGUAAGACUACCAAUAUACAAUAAACAUUAUUGAGUGCAGAGAGUGUUGAUUGGUGUUUUAACUCUGGGACUGAUGUGUAACUGUGUAAAUAUCAUGGUGGUUUUACUUGAUCAAAGUCUUCUCCCCAGUAGCUUCAUAUUUUGCAAUCAUGAAUUGUGUGAAUUAGCUGUCGGAUAUUGUAGUGCUGUUACGACAUGACACAUGUAUAUUGUCAAUAUUUUGAGCUUCCCUUGGCCCACAAGUAUAGAAUAUUAUACCAAUUCUAUAUAUGUUUGUUUUAGCAAAGGCAUUGAAAGAAUGUUCUAUGUAAGUGAGAUGAGUUGAUGAGGUUCUGUUGGUGAAGAAAAAGCACGGGUAAAGAUGGGUCUGGUGAUGAGAGUCUCUGAAGACAAGUUGAAGUUGUUAAUGGUGUGAUUUGAUAACACAGCCAUUCAAAAUCAAAUGUUGCUAAUUAAUAGUGAAAGCUUGUGUUUCCAGACACUAUUGGUAUGGAAUCUGUUUGGAACAUCCACACAUACAAAUAAUGUGAAUUGUUACUCAGGAUAUUUCGAAGUGUGGAAGAUAAUGGCAAAUACAGAGUCAGAAGAUUGCAAAGAAACAAAAAAGUGUUUUGGAUGUUUAUUUUAAUUUAAGUUUCUUUUAUGUUUCUGUGUCCAUACCAACUUGACAAACCAGUGUGCUUACAGAAUUAGUCAAAUUAAAUCAGGGCCAUGAGAACACGAAAAACGCUACAAUAUAUGGACAACCUUUCUGUUGCAUCAGACUAAUAAAAGUGUUUGCAUCAAUGGGUAUUACCACAGUCUAUGAGAACCCAGCCUACUGCCACCUCCGCCCCCUCACACCUUGACAUUGACAUUCCAGUCCUUAUUUUUGGUGACCUCCAUAUUGGUCAAUAUACUCACACUGGCUAUAUUUAUUUAUGUCUAAGGUUUUUCAUUUCCUUAACAUGCUUAAACUAAUCCUUGUAAAUGUAUAUCUAUGUUAUGAGCAUGGACUGUGACAAUUUGGAAAUGUUUAAUGAAGAUCAUUGGAAUCAAUGGAAUAUUACAUCAACAUCAAAAAUAGAACGAGUUUCCAAGAUGAAUAUAUGCAGAAUUACUUGAGCAUGUUGAGAAUAUACUUAUUUAAUUAAAGUAAAUCAGACUGUUUGUACUACUAGUUAUUCUAUUUCAAGUUUGUUGCUUGAAAACUUUAUUUUCAUUACAGAGGGUUUUAGGUCUUAAAGAGAUCAAACAAUAGUCAUACUACAUACCUAAAAUUGAUAGGUUAGCAUUGUUAUUGUGUAUUAUUGGUUUCUUAAAGAUCAUUCUGAAGAAUUCCUAAGAUUUUGUUUCGAAAAUGAGAAUACUAAAUGAUAUGGGAAUAUUUUUUUGUCCAAAUAGUGUUGGGUGUGGAUCCCAAGAGGUAAUAUAUAUUGUGGCCUUAACAUGAUAAUAGAAAUAAUUUAAAAAAAUAAAUUAUCAUUCAUUUUAGAUAUCAUGAUUAUGUUGCAAAUAUGAUCUAGUAAAUGGCUAUUUUGUAUGGCAUUAAUUCCAUAAUAGGUUUACCAGCAGAUUGGUUGCUGUUGAGAUAUUGUUUUGAGAUCUUAUUUAAGCGGUAUUUUUACCAUGCUUGCCAUCUUUCUUGAUUGUGUUUUGUGCCUGUUGUAAAUAUGUUCCAUACUGGACCACUGUGAUACACUUCCAGCUGCCAAACACUGAACAAGCAAAUACUCAGAGGCCGAUUUUACAUGUGUGAUGAGCACAGUGAAACAUGGUACUAUUGGGCGUAAGAAUCAAACAGGAAGCUGCUUGAUCUGAGCCAUAUCUCAUCCUGGUUAUCUCGAGAUAUUGUUCCGUCAUAAAAGCAUAGACGAUUCCAACUGCAUUUCUUGCUAAAAUCGACAUAUAUGUCCAUAGAUUUGGAUGUACUUGACCCAAUAGCCAUUCACACAUGGAAACAACAACAAACUCCUAUCUACGACUCUCAGGUCUAAUCUUGGGUCUAAAGCACACUUCCAAAUUGAAAUAAGAUGUAUCUAAUCUACAGACAGACUUAUAUUUCGAAACAUUUUUGUGUCCUAAUAAUAAUACAGUUGACUUAGAAUAUUUUCAUUUCAGAGUUCAGAUGUUAGUCUAUUGGCCUGACACUUAAAGCAUUUGCCUGUUUUGCAAACACUUAGGUUUGAUUCCCAACAUGGGUACAGUGAGCGAAACCUGUUUAUUCCCUGCUGAUUAUAUGAAAUGUGCUCACCUCUUCGUUAGUACUCAGUGAUUAAAACAUGUCAGGGUUCACAUUGGUGUGGAACGUCAUGCUGUAGGGUAGCCAAAUGUCACUGUCUUACUACUACCAGAGAAAACCUGCGUCCAUACUACAGAGAACUUGUAAUGAACAUGUAAUCAUUAUUGAAUAUGUACCAAAAAGAAACCCAGGUAAGCAUUGUGGGUAGAAAACAUCCAUGGUAUGUUUAAGACAUUUAAGAGGCAUGAUGUGAAGUAAUAACAGGCACCUGAGUAGUAGCAGUUUCUGGCCAUCUUCGUUUUCGCAAAUAGAGCUAGUUAUUGGGCAAUAUUUGUAUCUCUAUUUAUAGAGUAUUCAACUAAAUAAUUGAAAUUGUGUUAAGAAGCGAGGCAAUGACCUUUUAAGGAUAGACCAAAUUACUGUUAGUUUGGGAGAAAUUUAAUUUCAGUUUUGAGGGACAGAAAGGAUGAAAGGUGAGAUAUAAAAAAUCAGGGUAUUUGGAACUACUGUAUGUUUUUAAGCCUUUGUUUGUCGUCUAGCUCUGUGUAUUGCCAGUGAGAUUCCGAUGUUAUGUCUGCAUGUGUGUUACCAUAGUUCCUGUGUGAGUGUAGAUUCUUCCUGUACAUUUCAUACGACUCAACUGUACAUACGAUGUAACAUAUAUUCACUUCUCCACAUAUAUCAGAACAAAAUAAUGAACUUUGGGGAGACUUUACAAUGUGAUAUUUUAUAACUCUGAUGUUUGGAUCAGGAUUUGUCUAACAGCUGGAUCACAAUGAUAUAGCUUGUCCAAUGUAUAUUAACAACCAGCAUGAACAGGAAAAGUUACAGACUACACUCUGGACUACUGGACCCUGGGUUAAAAUAGGUCCCCUGGAGUAUGUGUUGCAGUAGAAAUGAUCUAACUGGAAUGACUGUUGACUGCACACCAUGAACAAUAACAGUAUAGGAUGGUGCUUAAAAUCAACCUCUGUUGUGUCAAUCCUAGUCUCUGUAGGUAAUCGUAAUACAGCUUAAAUGUUGCUGUUUACAGUUUUUAAAAUAUGAAAAUAAUAUAUACUGAAUAGGCAGUUACUGCAGCAUGUUUUCAUUUUUCAUUAAAUUCAGUUAAGACAUUUGUGCACCAAAGACUUGGAUUCAAAGUUGGCAUCUGCUGCUAUGGUAUGCUAUAGCCAAAGUAAAUGUACUUACGCUUUAUUUCUUUCCUGAAAUAUUUUGAACGUAUUCCUCACACUGCAAAAAUGUGUGUUCGAGUGAUCCAGUUGCUAGAUUAAUUCUGGUCUAACAAUGUCCAUUUUGCUUAUCAUAAUUUUACAAUAAUAUGACAUGAAGGUGCAAACAGUGUGUAAAGGUUUAUUUUUGACAAGUGAUGAUAAAAUAAACAAUUUUUACAUGGA